AUGUCAUUGACAGCAAAAAGCAACGAACAAUUCUCCCAAAAAUCCUAUUGGGAAGAACGAUAUUCCAGUCAAAGCGAACCUCAUUUCGAUUGGUUUAAAACUUACUCGGACCUUGAACCGCUAUUGGAGGAGCUGAUACCUGACCGAUCAUCCCGGAUCCUAAUGCUCGGCUGCGGCAAUAGUACUCUAUCCCCUUCAAUGCACGAUGCUGGCUAUACUUGCAUCGUGAACAUCGAUUAUUCCUCAACCCUAAUCUCUCGCAUGUCUUGUCGAUACCCAGAACAAAAGUGGCUCACGGUCGACAUUACAGAACUUACCCGCCCUCAAAACCUAUCUCUGCUUGGAGGCGAAGGGAGCUUUGAUAUAGCGUUGGAUAAAGGUACAAUGGAUGCACUUAUGGCUGAAGGAAAGGGUUCCUCACCGUGGAGCCCGGGGGAAAAAGUGGUGCAAGAUGUGAGCAAGAUGUUAGAAGGGGUGGAUAGGCUUUUGAAACAAGGUGGCAGCAUGGUUUAUAUUACUUUCGGCCAGCCGCAUUUCAGGAGAAAGUAUCUCGAGGCGAUCGAGGGGUGGAAAGUGGAAACAAGAACGUUAGGGGAGAUGUUUCAUUACUUUGUAUACGUUGCUACUAAGCUUCCCCGCUCACAACAGGAGCAAGAGGAGAAGAAGAACGAGGCAUAA